CCACUGCCACCUGCCACAGCAGCGACGCAGCGAUGGAGAGCUGCUGCAAAUGAUUGUAAACCCACGGAAGACCGAAAUCCAGAGAGAAAGACAAAGACAGGAAAAGAUAGGAGAGACACAGAGAAAGAGACAGAGAGUGAGAGAGAGAGAGUGUGUCAAGCGGAACCACAGAAACAUAUGGUUUGUCUGAAGAGCGGCUGUUUCUGAGGACUGCUCAACCGGGCUCAAACUUAUUCAACCACCGUGAUCAGCUACAAGGCUCGUUUGAUUCGUCCUUUUCAUUUUUUUCUGACACUUCUUCGCAUUAUUUUCGUGUGCUGUGAUCUGUGUGAGGCUGUGCUUACACCUCUGUUAGAUUAGUUUGUGCGGGCUGGAUUGCGGUUGUUGUGCCUCCCUGAACGCGCGCACACUCACACACACAUACACACGCGCACGCACGCACACACACAUCAUCAUCAUCACAAGACGCGGUGCAGCCUACAAAAGCUUCUUGCAAGGAGGAAAUUGAAUUAGACAAGUUAUUCCCACAGAAAAGGAGGACAAGAGAGGCUGGCUCUCGGCUGUCGUUUGCUUUCCCGGCUCACCGUGUCUCCUCCGGGCCCAGCAGGAGUCUCGUAAACCGCCCCCUCCCCGCACCCUCACCCCUCUCCUCCCUUUCCUGUCCUCCCACCUUCGCCCGGUAACACGCCAUGUCUGGACAAACUGUGACCAUCCCGGAUGACCGGGCGUUCGCCAGCUUCAAGGCCGAGUGUCUUUGCGAGGAGGGCUGGAGCACAACCUACAGCAAGGGGGGCAUCACGGUGUGGGUCCACGGUCUGGAGGAAGGGAAGUCUGUUCACAAAAUUAAGUGUCGGAUGGUGUGUAAGGACGUGUCAGCUGAUACCAUGUACGACGUUCUCCAUGACAUUGAAUACAGAAGGAAAUGGGACACAAACGUCAUCGAGACUUUCGACAUCGGGAAACUCACGGUCAAUGCGGACGUUGGCUACUACUCAUGGAAGUGUCCAAAACCUCUUAGGAACCGCGACGUCAUCACGCUUCGCUCCUGGCUGCCAAUAGGAAAGGAUUACAUCAUCAUGAACUACUCCGUCAAACAUGCCAAAUACCCUCCUAAAAAGGACAUGGUGCGAGCUGUGUCCAUUCAGACUGGGUACAUGAUACAGAGCCAGGGACCCAACCACUGUACCCUCACGUACAUGGCCCAGGUAGAUCCACGAGGUUCAUUACCCAAGUGGGUUGUCAACAAGUCUUCCCACUUCCUUGCUCCUCGCGCUAUGAAGAAGAUCAACAAAGCCUGUUUGAAGUAUUCAGAGUGGAAGCAGAGACACAACCCUGGCUUCAAGCCCUGGCUCUACCCCGAACAGACUACAUUACCCAGCAUCCCACUUUCUGAGCUCAGCAUCCAGCAUGCCGAGAGCCUGGAGAAUAUUGAUGAGAGCUCUCUUGCUGAGACCCAGGAGAGAGAUGACAGCGACUAACAAACGCAUAGGCAUAGACAAACACUCACAGACAUAAACACACACAGACAUAGCCACAUAUUCAAAUGCACACACAAACAUUAAUGCACAUCUACAGCCGCACGUGGUUAGAUGUGAUUCACUAUGUGUGUGUAUACAUGCACAUACAUUCCUGAUUUCAUACUGUACAUGUAUUUACAUAUGCAGACAUACUAACAGGCAUUUAUGUAAACAUUCGUGCACACACACCAACUCAUACUUCACCAACGUGGUCCUAUACUUACAUACAUAAUGUAUGAACACACACAUAUUCAAACGUGCAUCAUGUUGUAGAUGCACUCAUGGGUACACACCCACUCACUCACAAGGGGCUGCAAGACCUAUUUUUACAAGUCAGUAAAGUAAUAUUUGAUGUAGUCAAAAAAGUGACUGUAAAUGUGAUUUUUCAUGCCUGUUUAAGGGAUAUCAAAGUUUUCUAAUCGGGGCCUCUCCAGAUGAUCAUAGAAAAAUAUUUUUUCAUUAAGAUUUGGUGAAAAUAUGGAAAAUGGAUUUCAAAAUUAUACUUUCCUCCUGGGAAAAACACUGGUGCAACCCCUUGUGGUCAAGUAUACAUUAAGAAUAUACCUGUGUAGACACACAGACACGCACCAUUCAUUCAUACUAUACAUUUAUGCACUCACAUGUGUACACACUAGGUUUGUCUCUUUCUGCCCAUGUUGUCUAUGUGUCUCCAUCACAUUUUGUAAGCACAUAAUAAAUAUGCAGGUGUGCAGAAGGCAGCUGGAACCCCAUACCCAACCUGCAACCCUGUCAAUACACACACACACACACACACACACACACAUACAGAUUUUACACUCACACGUACUGUCUGCUCCUCUAUUUGAGAGAUGUAUGAAUGUAUGUAGAGUUUAAAAAUUAAAUACAGAUUACUACAAAGGUUUUCA